GGAGGGGGAGAGAGAAGAGCCAAAGGGAACAAUGGAGGCCUCCGAGAGCGGCGCGGCGGCCGUCGGCGAGCCUCUUAUCAAGCACAGGGGCUGGAAAACCAUGCCAUUCGUCAUCGGGAACGAGACGUUUGAGAAGCUGGCGACGAUCGGCACGCUGUCGAACCUGCUGGUGUACCUGACGGUGGUGUUCCACCUGAGUAGUGUCGCGGCGGCUACCAGCCUCAACGUGUUCAACGGGACGACCAACCUGGCCACCAUCCUUGGUGCGUUUGUCUCCGACACGUACUGGGGGCGGUACGCCACCCUCGGCUUCUCCUCCAUGGCUUCCUUGCUGGGAAUGGCGAUCAUGACGCUCACUGCAGCCGUCUCCAAGUUGCACCCUCCGCCGUGCAUACAAGACCAGACGUGCGAGGGACCGACGUCAUUCCAGCUGUUCUUUCUCAUCCUCGGCUUCGGGCUCCUGGUGAUCGGCUCCGGUGGGAUCAGGCCGUGCAACAUCGCCUUCGGCGCAGACCAGUUCGACCCCACGACGGAGUCCGGUAAGAAGGGCAUCAACAGUUUCUUCAACUGGUACUACUUCACCUUGACGAUCGCCGUCGCCUUCUCCUCCACCGUCAUCAUCUACCUCCAGAGCAAUGUGAGCUGGACGCUGGGCUUCGCCAUUCCUACUAUGCUUAUGGCCGUCUCUUGCGUGUUCUUCUUCGUGGCGUCGAGGAUCUACGUGAAGGUGAAGCCCGAGGGGAGCCCCGUCACGAGCAUCGUGCAGGUUCUGGUGGCCGCGUUUAGGAAGCGAGGAAUGAAGCUGCCUGAUGACCCAAAGCAGGCCCUGUUCAACCCUCCACAUGUUAGUACUCUGGUCGCCAAGCUAUCAUACACUGAUCAGUUCAAGUUUCUGGACAAAGCUUCAAUUAUAUACUCCGCUGAUGAGAUCAAUCCCAAUGGCUCAGCUGCGAACCCAUGGAAGUUGUGCAGCAUACAACAAGUUGAGGAGGUGAAAUGUGUGGCACGAAUCAUUCCCAUCUGGUCCACGGGUAUCCUCUACUACAUCGCAGUGGCUCAACAGACCACUUACGUGGUCUUCCAAGCCCUUCAAUCCGAUCGACAUGUCUCCAAGAACCUAGAGAUACCCGGAGCCUCCUUCACCAUCUUUUCCAGCAUCGCCCUCACGGUCUGGAUACCUCUCUACGACCGGAUCGUGGUCCCGCUGCUCCAACGAAUCACCAAGAAGGACGGCGGCAUCUCGCUGCUCCAGCGCAUGGGAAUCGGCAUCGUUCUUUCCAUCGUCGCCAUGUUCGUCUCGGGCCUGGUGGAAGAGCGGCGGCGGAGCAUCGCGCUCCACUAUCCAAGCAUCGGAACAACCACCGGCGGCGGCGGGAUCUCCGCCAUGUCUAGCUUCUGGCUGGUGCCGCAGCUGCUGCUCUUGGGGCUGUCGGAGGCGUUCAACCUGGUGAGCCAACUGGAGUUCCUCUACAAACAGUUCCCGGAGAACAUGAGGAGCCUGGCGGGGUCGCUGCUGUUCUGCGGCAUUGCCAUCGCCAGCUACCUGAGCGGGCUGAUGGUGAUGAUCAUUCACCACGCGACGGCGGACAACGGGCAGGGGAAAUGGUUGGCGCAGGAUCUCAACGAGGGACGACUGGAGCUGUUCUACUAUUUCAUAGGAGUGAUUGGGGCCGUUAACUUCAUCUAUUUCAUUGCGUGUGCAAAGUGGUACAGAUACCGAAUCCUGGAUGGGGAGUCUCAUUAGCGUAGUCCACGCUAACGUGCCUUUAAUAAAAGAGGUAGAUUUCAGAGUCUUAGCUGUGCUUCUUCUUACUUAUUAAUCUACGUGGA